AGGUCCUUAAUUAUAGCAUAUUUUGUUUCUCAUCCUGUACGUGUUUUAUGAAGUGAAGCAGAAUUUCUUGAUCCAAUCUCCAAAUUUGGGUUGAAAAUGGAGAAGAAACAGUUCCAAAUACCAAAAAUGAAACUUGGGAACUAUGGUCUAGAGGUUUCUAAACUGGGACUAGGGUGCGGAGGACUUUCUGGAAUGCUGAAUGCUCCUCUAUCUCAUGAAGAUGGCUGUUCUCUCAUAAAGGAGGCCUUUCAUAGGGGAGUAACCUUCUUUGAUACAGCAGAUGUCUAUGGACACAAUGAUAACGAAAUUAUGAUUGGCAAGGCUUUGAAGCAGAUUCCUCGAGAAAAAGUUCAAUUGGCAACAAAAUUUGGAUUUUCUUUGUUAGAUGAUGGUCAGGUCAUCGUUACGGGCAGCCCUGAAUAUAUUCGGAAAUGCUGUGAAGCUAGUCUCAAACGACUCAAUAUCGACUAUAUUGAUCUGUAUUAUCAGCACCGUGUUGAUACUUCAGUGCCAAUAGAGGAUACUAUGGGAGAGCUUAAGAAGCUAGUAGAUGAAGGCAAGAUAAAGUACAUUGGGUUAUCAGAGGCAAAUGCAGACACAAUAAGGAGAGCUCAUGCGGUUCAUCCCAUUUCUGCUUUACAGAUGGAGUAUUCUCUGUGGACUCGUGAUAUUGAAGAUGAAAUAAUUCCCCUUUGCCGAGAACUUGGUAUUGGGAUAGUGGCAUAUAGUCCUCUUGGUAUUGGGUUCUUUGCUGGGAAGGCAGUUGUGGAAAAGUUACCCGAUGGGAGUUUCUUGGGACUAUCACAUCCAAGAUUCAAAGAGGAGAAUCUAGAGAAGAACAAAUUCUUGUACACCCGACUCGCUGAAUUGGCUACAAAGCAUGGCUGCACCCCUCCUCAGUUAGCCCUGGCAUGGCUUCUCCAUCAAGGGGAUGACAUAUGCCUAAUUCCUGGGACAACCAAGGUUAAGAACCUUGAUAAUAACAUUGGUUCCUUGGCAGUAACGCUUACAAAAGAGGAUAUAAAAGAAAUUUCAGAUGCCGUGGAUGCUAAAGAAGUUAGUGGCUCAAGAGAAGUGCCUAUUUUAGCUAAGUAUAGCUGGAGGCUCGCAAACACUCCACCAAAACUAAAAUAGAACAUGUAUAUUCUUCUUGCAAAAGAUAAAAACAAAAAAUAAAAGGAAGUGUCCCUUCCUGUCCUUUUCUUAUAAUAAAUGAGACAGUGAAUAUCUUGGUUGUAAAUGAUGUAACAGACACGAGGUCUAUGCUAAGUGUUUAAUGUCUCUGAUUCUGAUGCAUUAGUCGUUGUGCCAACAUAAUCAAACCAAUUUUAGUUGUAAUGUAACUGUUGGACGUGGAAGUUGAAACCUCUAUUGCUUUCUUAUUCUCUAAUUCUCUUGAUUGGAAAAUAAAUUACAUUUAGAUCUUA